AUGAAGGUCCUUAUCCUUGCCUGCCUUGUGGCUCUUGCUCUUGCAAGGGAGAAGGAAGAACUCAGUGUAUCCACUGAGACUUCAAGCAGUGAGGAGAAGCUUGAGAAGGUUAAGCAUGUGGAACAGCAGCAAAGACAGGAUGAAUGCCAAGAUAAAAUCCACCCCAUUGCCCAGCCACAACUUCCUUAUGCUCAGCUCAUGCCUUACACCCUCCUUCCACAAAACGUCCUGACUCUCUCUCAGCUGGCUAUGGUGCUGUCUCUCCUUCAGCCUGAGAUAGCAGAAGUCCCCAAAACUAAAGAGACCAUUCUUUCUAAGCUUAAGCUCAUGCCCUUCCUUAAAUCACCAACAGAGCUAACCCCAUUUGUCCCUCAAAUCCCACAUCUCACUGACCUCCAAAACCAGCACCUCCUUCUGCCUCAGCUCCAGCCUGUGGUGCAACAGGUCCCCCAGGUCCCCCAGUUCCCCCAGGCUUUUCCUCAGACUCCCAUACUUCUUCCUCAGCCCCAGGUGCCUAUCCCUCAAUCCAAAAUCGCACCUGUUCCCCAGCAAGUAGUGCCCUUUCCCCAGAGAGACAUGCCUGUCCAAGCCUUUCUGGAAUACCAAGAUCUUCUGUUCCAGCCUACUCGCCCACUCUAUCCUGUGACUGACCCACUUGUCCCAGUUUCCAACCAUGUUACU